GCGGUCGGGAGGGGACGGGACGGGCCGGGAUGGGAGCGGGCGAGGGGACGGCCGAGGUUGCUGGCGGCUUUAAAUGCGUGCCGGGCAGGCGCCGGCAGCACAGCCGCUCCGCCCCGCCGCUAGUUCGGCCGCGGGGCCCUUCAGCCGCCGCCACCGCCUCCCCCCGGGCGGGUUAGCGAGACCGGCGGGCAGGCGCCGGUGCGCCUAUCGGCAGGUCCAGCCCUGAGCGCGGCGAUGCCUCGCUGACGUUCCCCAGGCUCCCAUCCCGUGGCUGCCCUGCAGCCCCCGCCCGCCGCCACGCUGGAGGAACGCCGCAGGACCGAGCCCCGGAGGAUGGAGGACGAGGCAGUACUGGAUAGAGGGGCUUCCUUCCUUAAACAUGUAUGUGAUGAAGAAGAAGUGGAAGGUCAUCACACUAUCUACAUUGGGGUCCACGUGCCGAAGAGCUAUAGGAGAAGGAGGCGUCACAGAAGACGACCUGGGCACAAAGAGAAAAAAGAAAAGGAGAAAAUCUCUGAAAACUACUCCGACAAAUCAGACAUAGAAAACGCUGAUGAGACAAGCAGCAGCAUCCUUAAACCUCUCAUCUCCCCCGCUGCCGAACGCAUCCGCUUCAUCCUUGGAGAGGAAGAUGACAGCCCAGCACCUCCACAGCUCUUCACGGAGCUGGAUGAGCUUCUGGCCAUCGAUGGGCAAGAGAUGGAGUGGAAGGAGACUGCAAGGUGGAUCAAGUUUGAGGAGAAGGUAGAACAAGGUGGGGAGCGAUGGAGCAAACCUCAUGUGGCCACCUUGUCCCUGCACAGCUUGUUUGAGUUACGGACAUGUAUAGAGAAAGGCUCGAUAAUGCUGGAUAUGGAGGCUUCUUCUCUCCCACAGGUGGUGGAAAUGAUCGUUGACAAUCAGAUCGAGACGGGGCUUUUGAAAUCAGAACUGAAGGACAAAGUCACCUACACGCUGCUCAGGAAGCACCGGCACCAGACCAAGAAAUCCAACCUGCGCUCUCUGGCUGACAUCGGGAAGACCGUCUCCAGUGCAAGUAGGAUGUUUUCCAACCCCGAUAAUGCACGCAGCCCGCUCGAGAGCUCCGUGCCCUGCCUCGCAACCCGCACAGCGGAUGAUGGAAUCCGGGUGCAGCGCAGCCCCAGCGUGGGAUGGCUCAGCAGCCCAGCCAUGGCUCACAGAAACCUGACUUCCACCAGUCUGAAUGACAUCUCUGACAAGCCUGAGAAGGAUCAGCUGAAGAAUAAAUUCAUGAAGAAAUUGCCCCGUGAUGCUGAGGCCUCCAACGUGCUGGUUGGGGAGGUAGACUUCCUGGAGAGUCCCUUCAUUGCCUUCGUCCGGCUGCAGCAGGCAGUCAUGCUGGGUGCUCUGACUGAAGUCCCUGUACCUACCCGAUUCCUCUUCAUUCUGCUGGGACCGAAGGGCAAAGCAAAGUCCUAUCAUGAGAUUGGCCGAGCCAUCGCCACACUGAUGUCAGAUGAGGUGUUCCAUGACAUUGCGUAUAAAGCCAAGGACCGGCAGGACCUGAUCGCUGGCAUCGAUGAGUUUCUGGAUGAAGUCAUUGUUCUCCCCCCUGGAGAAUGGGAUCCAGCCAUUAGGAUAGAGCCCCCCAAGUCUCUUCCUUCUUCAGAUAAAAGGAAAAACAUGUACUCCGGUGGAGAAAACCUCCAGAUGAAUGGAGACACACCUCAUGAUGGAGGACAUGGCGGCGGGGGCCAUGGGGACUGCGAAGAGUUGCAACGAACUGGCAGAUUCUGUGGUGGCUUGAUCAAAGACAUAAAGAGGAAAGCACCUUUCUUUGCCAGUGACUUCUACGAUGCUUUAAACAUUCAAGCCCUUUCAGCCAUUCUUUUCAUCUACCUGGCCACAGUGACCAACGCUAUUACUUUUGGAGGAUUGCUUGGUGAUGCCACGGAGAACAUGCAGGGUGUGUUGGAGAGUUUCCUGGGCACAGCAGUCGCCGGUGCAAUAUUUUGCCUUUUUGCUGGUCAGCCACUCACAAUUCUGAGCAGCACAGGACCUGUCCUUGUCUUCGAACGGCUCCUCUUUAAUUUCAGCAAAGACAAUGAUUUUGACUACCUGGAGUUUCGCCUCUGGAUCGGCCUUUGGUCAGCCUUCCUGUGUCUCAUCCUCGUCGCCACUGAUGCCAGCUUCCUGGUCAAGUACUUCACCCGCUUCACUGAAGAAGGUUUCUCCUCCCUGAUUAGCUUCAUCUUUAUUUACGAUGCUUUCAAGAAGAUGAUCAAGCUGGCAGAUCAUUACCCCAUCAACUCUGAGUUCAAGGUGGACUAUAUCACACAUUACUCUUGUGCCUGUGAACCAUUAGAUCCAGUUAAUAGCUCAUUAUUUAACAAGACAACGGUGCCGUCAGCCGAUGAGCUGUUCCUCUCUUUUUCUCUCCAGUACAAUACCACCAUUGACUGGUCAUCUCUGACAAUGAAGGAGUGCUUGAAAUAUGGAGGACAACUUGUGGGCAACAACUGUGAAUAUGUCCCUGACAUCACCCUCAUGUCUUUCAUCCUCUUUUUUGGCACUUACACCUGCUCCAUGGCCCUGAAGAAAUUCAAGACCAGCCGCUAUUUUCCAACUACUGCCCGGAAGCUCAUCAGUGACUUUGCCAUUAUCUUGUCCAUUUUGAUUUUCUGUGGAAUAGAUGCCCUGGUAGGUGUGGACACACCGAAACUAAUUGUGCCAAGUGAAUUCAAGCCAACCAGCCCUGAGAGGGGUUGGUUUAUCCCACCUUUUGGAGGGAACCCAUGGUGGGUAUACCUGGCAGCAGCCAUCCCUGCACUGCUGGUGACUAUCCUCAUCUUCAUGGACCAGCAGAUCACAGCUGUCAUUGUCAACAGGAAGGAGCACAAGCUCAAGAAAGGUGCUGGAUAUCAUCUGGACUUGUUCUGGGUGGCUAUUCUGAUGAUCAUAUGCUCCUUUAUGGGUCUGCCCUGGUAUGUUGCUGCUACUGUCAUUUCCAUUGCUCAUAUCGACAGCUUGAAGAUGGAGACAGAAACUUCAGCUCCUGGAGAGCAGCCCAAGUUUUUGGGAGUGAGGGAGCAGAGAGUCACGGGAGUCAUCGUUUUCAUUCUGACUGGUGUAUCUGUCUUCAUGGCUCCCAUCCUAAAGUUCAUUCCCAUGCCUGUGCUCUAUGGUGUCUUCCUCUACAUGGGUGUUGCGUCUCUCAAUGGCGUGCAGUUCAUGGAUCGUCUGAAGCUGCUCUUGAUGCCUCUAAAACACCAGCCUGACUUCAUCUACCUGCGCCAUGUCCCGCUGCGCAGGGUCCAUCUGUUCACCUUCCUGCAGGUGGUGUGCCUGGCCCUCCUCUGGAUCCUCAAGUCAACCGUGGCUGCUAUCAUAUUCCCUGUCAUGAUCCUGGCGCUUGUAGCAGUCAGAAAAGCCAUGGACUACCUCUUCUCCCAGCAUGACUUAAGCUUUCUUGACGACGUCAUUCCAGAAAAGGACAAGAAAAAGAAAGAGGAUGAGAAGAAGAAGAAGAAGAAGAAGGGCAGUGUGGACAGUGACAAUGAUGAUUCUGACUGCCCCUACUCAGAAAAAGUCCCAAGUAUUAAAAUACCAAUGGACAUCAUGGAGCAGGAACCUUUCCUAAGUGGUAGCAAACCUGCUGACAGAGAAAAAUCACCAACAUUCCUUGAACGCCACACGUCGUGCUGAUACAAUUCCUUUCCUUCAAUCACACACCAUGCCAAGCCCUCCACGAACUCCAGUAAAAGUUGUGCCUCAAAUUAGAAUAGACCUUGAGCCUGAAGACAAUGGUUAUUUCUGGAGGAGCAAGGGAACAGAAACUACUUUGUAAUGUGUCUGUCUGUUAAACCUUAUAUGGGAUUUUGUUUUGUCACUAGCCAAACAUUAAAAUGCUCUCCGCUCCCCAAUGCAUAGGUAAUGAGACAUCCCGCGCUGCCCCUUCACCCUUGCCCCUGCAGAUCUCCUCUGGUCCCUCCUCACCAGAUUCUCUCACGCUGACCAAGACUCAUUUUGCCUUCUCUGUCACCUCAACAUGCACAAGCAGAGGGCAGAAGAAUUAAGGAUACCAAGUCAUACCCCUGGGAGAUGGCAGAGGAACCGGCAUUACUGUAGUCAUGAAUCAGUGUCUGUGUCCAUCUGUCAUCUGGCAGAACAAACCUGACCUCCAGGCUCAUUCCUUGCUUACCCCGCUGGAAGAUGCUGGAAAGUGCUGCUAACACUAACUUGCUCUUAAAGCCUAUACUUUUAGUUAACACAGGAAGGAAAAGGAAAAGGUACUUCACUCCCAGCACAGACCAACCAUUGCCAUCACUGUAGCACGUGUUUUGAAAUGUCCCUUUCCUAUGCAAUUUUUGUUUUUUAAAGAAACACUUUAAUGGACUUAAUCUGUCAGGUACAUGGAAGAGUGUUAUUUUCCUAGAUUAUUUUGUUUAAAUUAUGGGGGCCUAACCUAAAACUUUUUUUUUGUUGUCGUUAUUGUUGUCAAUUUUUUUAACCUUUUUUUAAUUACUGUAAAGAAAAAUGAAUUUUUCCUGCAGCAGGAAACAUAUAGUUAUGAGUAGUUCUACCUCUUAUUUCUAGAUGCCAGGCUUUCUGUACAAAAAAAUGUAUUGUACCAUAUAUAAUGUGAUUUUUACAGAGAAAAACAAAACCCCACAAAAACAAAACCACACCACCACAAUCUCCAGGAUAUGGCAUAGGGCUGCAUCAGUCAGAUUGACACCUUCUACUCUGAAGCAUCUAUUUUACUUAGGCUUAUGUUAUUUUUUUAAUAAUAACUUUAUUAUGAAGGAGAUGGGAUGUCACUUAAAUCUCUUGUGAUCUAGGAAGAGUCUUAAAUGUAAUGUUGACAAGCAAAAUAAUCACUGGCUACUGGCGUCAGUGGACAGAUGCUGAUUGUAUUCAUGCUGUUGUUCAUUUCCUACAUGGUGUUGUACAAAUUGCUUCUUUGGAAACACAGGGGGAUGUGUGUGCGUGCGUAUAUGUCUACACAUGAGAAGACCCCAAAUGCACUUCAGGCCCGUUGACAGCACAAUGGAGGAGAAAGAUAGUUGAGGUUGGCCAACUGGGAUGGUUAUCCCCAUGCUUGUGUUUGCCAGGCUCAGAAACAUCUGCAUCCUCUUCAUCCCACAUCUGUUCAUCAUCAUCUAGAGAAUUUACCCUAAAUCUUGACUGCAGAGUCCUAGACUAUCCAUCUAUUCAGCAGACCCAGGCUUUUGUUUUUAAACCAAGUGAGUAUGUAUCACUGUGGGAGAGAUGAUUUUUCUCUCUGUGUGCAUGUAAACGUGCAUUUGGGAAUUUGGAAAUUGAACAGUGUCUUCAUCAAGACACUGUUUUUGGUAAAACAUGAGGACUACAAGUAAGACAGUAAAAGCUUCCUGAAAGAAAGAAGAACAAAGCCCAUCUGUAAGGGCCGAUUCCCCAGCAGAGAAAAAUCCUACUGCAGAGGACAGGCACAUUGCUGCUUUCUGUUCAAAACCAAAGUCUGCUUUGGUUUUAUUUAACAGAAUUUCAUGAUGGUGCUGAGACCUUUUAUGCCAAAUUUACUCACUCGUAGUAGCCACAUCGGUGAGGGGAGGUGCAGAAUAGGGCUGUUCUUUUCUUGCCCAGAUGUGCUAUAGAAGCAGCAACCAUACUGGUCUACAGGGCUUUGGUUGAAGGUUGAGUUGAUGGAUUCCAUGGUACUUUGAGCUUAAUAUGAAGAGGAAGGAGAAGCAGAGGCCCCUGCACAGCCCAUACACACAUGCACACGCAUCCAUACAUUCCCCUCCUCCCUCCCAAGGGGUCUAGGUUCCAACUUCCAUGAUACGUGAAUUGACUUGUGGCUCAGCAUCCUGGGAAUCCGGCCUGAAUGUGCUUCAGGAAGGCUUGGGAAAUGUCAGAAAUGGCCAGAGCAGCAUCUCUGUGAUGCCUUCUGUGGUUAUUUGGAGGACAGAUAACCUCGGGAACUUCGACAGAUGGCUUCCAUCCCUUGGUCAACACCAGUCCCUGGCUCACAAAGGGAAAACAGCCUCCAGAUGCUGAGAGUGUGUUGUGUUUUGCCCAGACCUUUGAUUUGUAGAAAUCCCAAUAACUUGAUGGAGAAAAGAUCAAACUAGGUGGACAGAGUGAAGCAGCUUCCCAUCUGCUGGCACCUGGCGAUGUGUCUCCACAAAAAUGAGGUCUUCCACUUCUGAACCAUGUUAAAUGUACUUGAAAUGUAUUGUCUGCUGAUCUAGAGCUCUCUCUUUUUGACUUUAUGUUUUUUAUUUUAGCCCAAGGGAGCUGUUGUACAGAGCGUUGCUGAAGAGACAGGGCAAAGGUUCCUGUAGCUUUCCAUGAAAAACACAAACCUGGUGAUGGGAGCUAAAAGCUUUCCCUUCCCUGGUGCCUGGUGAUAGCACUUCAUUGGUGGCGGUGUCUCCUUUCUUGGUUAUUCCCUUAAAAAUCAACACGAAACCCAACACCUCGUGGUGGGAAUGGCCACCAGCUGCAGCCACCUUUGUCCCUGCCCCUGGAGCCCACCCUUCCUUGUCAUUGUGGCUGAUUCAUCUUUGUGGUUUUAUUUUAUUGUAUUUUAUUUUGAAUCAAUGCGCACUUUCAGACACUUUUAUUAUUGUUUUUAAUUCUCUGUAUUUGCUUUGGAGGAAAGAAUAAAAACCGUCGUGUAAAAUGAAGUGGAUCAAGAUGGUGGAACAUAAGGAAAAAAAGCAGAAAACAUUUCAAUAUAUUAAAAUGAUUUUUUUUUUUCCAGUAGUAUAAAACAUGAAAUUCCUGAUAACAUUAUAGUGUUUUACAGUUUUAUGGAGCUUUCUAUUGUGACUUUUAUGGAAUCAAAAGAUGAAGAUGAUGAGAUAUUUUAGCAUUUCUAUUUUUCAAAAUUAAAUGUAUACUGAAAAUAAAGUAACUUUAUGCAUUUA